AUGGACUGGGAGGCACACCAGCUUGCGCGCUAUUUACCUUCGUGGUCGGACACAGUUCCAGAAGACCUUCAGUGCGGCGCGGCAGGUCUUCGGGGUUCAGCACGAGAUCACGCGUUCGAUAAAGCUGCAUUCUGUUGCGGGCUCGCAGCAGGUUUCCUAGCUCUGAGGCACGCCCUCGACGGUUCCAAAAGGGCAUCGACAACCGAGGCCCGAAGCACUCUUCCUGCCAACAAAGUCGGACACCAUGAUGAUCUGGGAGCUCCGGGUUUGUCGGCUUCAGUGUUCAGAACUGUAGCUGUAGGACUGAUGAUCACUGCGUCACAUAACCCACCGCACGAGAAUGGCGUGAAGUUUAUCGAUACCAACGGAGGCAUGGCGGACCCAACUUGGAUCCACCUCGCUGUUCGGCUGGUCCGGGCAUCAGCGGGGCCCGACUCGCUCGCCACCGUUCUGGAACAAGUGCAUCGUGAAAAAAUAUCGGAGGCCCGGGCCAUACGUGACGCCCUCUGCAUACCGGUCGUUCUCUUGGGGUAUGAUAGCAGAAGCUCGAGCCCGCACCUCGCUAGUAAUGCGCAGGAAGGCGCACGUGUCGUGCUUUCACACUAUCUGCGCGCGACGAGAUGCUCCGGUGGCGAGACGUUGGCGUUUGCGGACGCGCUCCUUCUGGGCAUGACAACGACACCGGCCAUGCACGCAGUCGUCCGAGCGUGGAACGAAAGCCCUGUCGACAUGCGCGAAUCGGACUUGUCAAACUUCCGGGACGCAUUCGAGCGACGGCCCUUGUUUCUGCUCAACCGCUACAAAUCGACCUUGGUGGAGGCCACGAGGGCGCUCUCGGAAGCACUCCAUUUGGCAGACGUGGAGCACCGGGCGCUUAUGGAUCACUGGGUUGUAGACUGCGCGAACGGGGUCGGUGCGCCGCUCCUGUGCGAGCUGGCGUCUGCGCUCCGCACACAGUGCGGUAUCCAGAUUGUAUGCUGUAACCAGGAGACAGCCCAAACGGAAUUAUUGAACGUGCAAUGCGGAGCAGAUUGGGUCCAGAAAGGAAACCGGCUGCCCCAGCGUUGGCCACAGACCCCAGCUGGCAAACCCGAACGUCAGGGUGCGAGUCUCGAUGGCGAUGCCGAUCGCCUCGUGUGCUUCCUAGCGGAUGCGCAGGGCGUAGCCAUGUUGCUAGACGGGGAUCAGACGGCAACACUCUUCCUGGACUUUGUGCUGGGGUUUCUGCAUCCCGAACAUGCGUACUUGAGCCAAAAUACAUGCGCUGAGGCCGCAGCGGGUGCAGCGCGGAAAUCCUGGCGUGUAGCGCUCGUCCAUACCGUGUACGCCAAUGGUGCCGCAGUGGCGUACUGGCGCAAGCGGCAACGCGAACUGGAAUCCCAGCGAGCGCAUCACGCCUGCGUCAUUGAGCUACAGAUCAUUUGCACCUGGACUGGAGUCGUGCAUUUGGAGAAGGAAGCCAGACGGUUUGAUAUUGGCCUAUACUUUGAACCCAAUGGCCACGGCACGAUUCUGUUCAGCGAUGCGCUGUUGAAGUCGCAUGCUUCGACAUUGCCGCUUCCCUUACGGUGCUGCGCGCGAGUCGCCAAUCAAGGUGUUGGCGACGGCAUCGCGAAUCUGCUCCUGAUCGCCACGAUACUACAGUGGAAACGCUGGUCGUUGGUAGACUGGGCAACUGCCUACUAUACACCGCUUGCGAGCGUUUAUCUGGUUGAGCGGGUAUCAGACCGUCACCAGAUUGUAACAUCGGAUUACGAUCAGCGUGUCGUUGAGCCGCCCGAACUCCAACGAAGCAUAGAUCGCAUCGUGGCGAGUUAUCGUAGUGCUCGUGAGAGCGUUUCCGCAAACGAGUCAGCAGUUGCUGGGGCGCGCAUCGUCGUGCGCCCCAGCGGCACGGAAGAUGUUGUGCGCGUUUAUGCAGAAGCGCACACCGAAGCGGAUGCAAGCUCACUCGCCCGAUGUGUCGUCAAUGAAAUCAGAAGACUCCUGGGCUCGUGA